UUGCAGAGAUUAAAACAAUGAGAGAAUGAAUCUCUUACCUCCUAUACUUCGACCCAUCUGCUACUUCACUCUCAAACCCCCGUGGCGGCGCCAUUUCAGCACCUGCUCGGAGGCCUCCGUCACUGCCAAUGAGCUCCUCACUAUCCUCGAAACAGUCAACGGUAUGGAGGACGCCCUGGAGCCCUUGGCCCCCAAGCUCUCCAGUGACGUAGUGAGAUCAGUGAUUCGAGAACGGGUGAACCCACAACUGGCUUUUCGUUUCUUCAUCUGGGCAACCAAUAGAAUGAAGCUUUGCAGCCGAAUGUCUCAGAAUUCGGUGAUUGACAUGCUUGUCAGGGACGAUGCCUUUGAACUCUAUUGGAGAACGCUGGAGCAGAUAAGUGAAUACGGGUUUCCGAUUGGUUCUGAUGCCUUUGCUGUGCUGAUCAAUGGCUAUGACAAACUGGACAGGGUUGAAAAGGCUGUGGAGACGUUCGCCCGGAUGAAAGAUUUCAAUUGUAAGCCUAAUGUCUCUACUUACAAUUCGAUACUGCAUGUUUUGGUGCGAAAAGAAGUGUUUUUGUUAGCUUUAGCUGUAUAUAACCAGAUGUUGAAGUCGAAUAAUAGGCCUACUAGAAAUACAUAUGGAAUUUUGAUUGAUGGGUUUUGCAAGACAAUGCAAACCCAGGACGCGCUCCAAAUGUUUGACGAAAUGACCCAGAGAGGCAUGGCACCCAAUACCGUAACUUAUACUAUUGUUGUUUCUGGCUUGUGCCAGGCAAAGAGGACCGAUGAGGCGCAUAGGUUGGUUAAUAUGAUGAAGGGAAGUGGGUGCUCUCCAGAUUUGAUUACUUACCAUGCUUUACUUGAUGGUUAUUGUAAGACAGGUAGAAUUGGUGAUGCUUAUGCGCUCCUCAGGUCAUUUGAGAGGGAUGGUUAUGUUCUUGGACUCAAUGGAUAUACUUGUUUGAUUCAAGGUUUAUUUAAAGCUAGGAGAUUUGAUGAAGCACAUGGGUGGUAUAGAAAAAUGAUCAAGGAGGGCAUUGAGCCUGAUAACGUCUUGUGUACUAUAAUAAUUCAGGGAUUAUCAGAUGCUGGCAGAGUUCACGAUGCUUUGAGUUUCUUGAGUGAGAUGAGCGAGAAAGGUUUGGUUCCAGAUGCCUACUGUUAUAAUGCUGUCAUUAAAGGGUUCUGUGAUUUGGGUCUUUUGGAUGAAGCUCGGUCUCUUCAUCUUGAGGUCUCAAAGCAAGAUUGCUUCCCUAAUGCCUGCACAUACACCAUUCUCAUUUGUGGUAUGUGCAAGAACGGGCUGGUAGGGGAGGCUCAACAAUUAUUCAAUGAGAUGGAGAAGCUUGGAUGUGUUCCUACUGUUGCAACCUUCAAUGCUCUUAUUGAUGGACUUUGUAAGGCUUCUCUGCUUGACGAAGCACACUUACUAUUCUACAAGAUGGAGAUAGGACGAAACCCUUCAUUAUUUCUUCGUCUUUCUCAAGGAGUUGAUCGGGUUACCGACAGUACCAGUCUUCAAACAAAAGUUGAGCAAUUGUGUGAGUCAGGAUUGAUUCUUCAGGCUUACAAACUUCUAAUGAAGCUAGCUAAUAGUGGGGUUACGCCUGACAUCAUCACUUACAACAUUCUAAUCAAUGGGUUUUGCAAGGAUGGUAACAUAAAUGGUGCUUUUAAGCUCUUCAAGGAUAUGCAACUGAAAGGGCUCUCCCCAGAUUCUGUUACAUAUGGAACACUUAUAGAUGGACUUCAAAGGGUUGACAGAGAAGAGGAUGCCUUUGUGGUCUUUGACCAAAUGGUGAAGAAUGGGUGCACGCCUAGCUCUGCAGUUUACAAAGCACUGAUGACUUGGUCUUGCAGAAAACAGAAGGUUUCUUUGGCUUUUAGUCUUUGGUUGAAGUAUCUGAGAAACCUUCCUAGCAGAGAAGAGGAAGAAAUCAAAGCAAUAGAGGAGAACUUUAAGGAAGGAAAAAUUGAGAAGGCAAUCAGAGGCUUGCUUGAAAUGGAUAUAAAGUUCAAAGAGUUUAAUUUAGCACCAUGCACCAUUUUGCUUAUUGGUAUGUGUCAGGUGAGAAGAGUACAUGAAGCUUUGAGAAUAUUUUCUGUUCUUGAUGAGUACAAAGUCACUGUCACUCCACCAAGUUGUGUGCACUUGAUCAGUGGUCUCUGCAAAGAAGGGAAUUUGGACCUGGCAAUAGGUGUUUUCAUUUAUACUCUGGAGAAGGGUUUUAUGUUAAUGCCAGAAAUAUGCAACACGCUGCUCAAAUGUCUUCUUCGUUCCCAAGACAAAAAGGAUCAUGCCCUUGACCUCGUUAGCAGGAUGAGAUCUUUAGGAUAUGAUCUCGAUUCUUAUCUUCAGCAAACUACAAAGUUUCUUCUACAAUGUCACGGGAACUAAAGAGAAAUGGAAACUGUCUCUUGGAUAAUUUUUGCUCAUGUCUGGCACUGAGGAGCUACUUUGGUCCUGAGCCUGCAAUUGCUUGUGGGUUUGAUUUUUACUGACAAGAUGUACCACAUGUAUCUUUUCAAGCUUCUGGAGUUGUUCAAUUGUAGCUCCCGUCUGUGGAGAAAAGGGUAAACUACAAAUAUAAAAACAAAUAAACAAGCAGCAUUUUUCGUGUUAUUGAUAUAUUCCUUUCGCUUAUGUCUACAUAUGUAACACCUUAUGUAUCGUUUCAAGUGCUAUAUUGAAUUUAUUGAUCAUUAUUUGAUGUGGCAAAUAGAUAAUUACUUGAGAGACCGGCACAUUUGUUUAAUGCGUAUACUUUUUUAAUACUUAAGCUUUCACCAAGCGCCCUAUUCAUGAAUAAAGGCUUUUUUUUUUUUUUUAUUUUUUAUCUUUCUUCACGCUGUUUCAGUCUAUUUAAUUAACCUAAGCAUACUUGUAUGUAUGUGUGUACUGUGUAGUUAUGUGUUUGCAGAUAUGCCUGUGUUAUGUGAGGACCGUGUGUUCCACUUGUUUAACCUGAGUUGUCACAAUCCUGUCGACUUGGUGUGAAAGGUAGCAGGCUGAGAAGGCCUGUGCUAGGUUAUAUAAUAGAUGGGUCUGUGAUAUGUUUCUCUAUCUUGGUCGACCCUUAAUUUUUCUACCCUUGCACAACUGCACUAAGAUUUCUGUUUAAUUAAUAUAUGUUGCGCUGUUUUAUUUUUAUUCUUUUUGCAACAUGGUGAGCAUGAUAUUGUGUUGAUCCCAUCUAUAUGUUUACAUAGGCAUACUUGUUCUGCUUAACAAGGAAGUCAACAGAAAUUUGAUCGUUUUGGUUUUCCUUUCUUUCUUUCUGCUUAGACAUAGUUUCUCUUUUGCAUUUUUCAAGUUUCUUCCCUGAUAUGAUUGGUGAUUUUUGUUUCAGCAGUCCAAAAAAGCCAAGGAAACAUUUCACCUGAUCAUUCUAUGAUUUCUCAGGAACUUGUGUUAUUUUUUGUUUUCCGGAUAAACCAAGGAGCAAGUUUAUUUGCUGAUAGUCAUGCCAUCAACAAGAGUAUUGCCGGGUUUUCAGUUUCUCAUUUUUAGACUAGAAUUAUGCAUGGUAACUUGACUUGUUCUCAGUGGUUCUCUAAGAUUGACUUGCCAAGUGACUUGAUAUAUCUUGGUACGUAGUAUGGAGUUUAUUUAGUUCAAGUUUGACUUUUCUGGAACCUAUGAAUUUCGAGCAAUUACAUCCCUCUUAUUCUGGGCUUAUGGAAGCAUAAUUUUUUUGCAAACCAUUGCUUUCUAUAUUGCAUUGAUUGUCAGCUUAUGGAUAUGCACUGCAUCUGGUAUGGAAUUUCUCAUUUUUCAGUUAUGUUCUCGGGUUGGACAGAAUGCAUUGCCUUGCUACCCUAAUUGUCCUAAGUGGUGCAGCAGCAGUAUGUUUAGUGUGUUAAAGAGACUUGUUAAAGCAUCUUUGAGUUUCUGUAACCAUUGUAGGUGCAAUUUAAUUGUAAUUAAGUGGACGUAUUGAUGUGUAAAAUUAAAUAUUCUAUUCUCAUUUAUUUCCAUGGACAGUUUUCUACUGAUUGUCUUUAUAUCUAUUGCUUAUCUCAGGUUUGCUCCUCGCUGGCAUGCUUCUCUUUCGAGUCUCUCUUUUCACACCCAAGUUUCUACUUGGGGUUCUUUUAUUGCCCAGGUUGGAAGGAUCACACAGGAGCAGCCGUUGCUAUAUUGGAUAAAUGAAUGGUGAAGAACAACAAAGCAGCAGUCACUGAAGUCUUAUUUCAACGGCAGUGUCAUACUAAGGAAGAUGUCUUCACCCAGGAGAGUUUCCGGAUAAGGAUUGAUUUUUUGCCACUGGGAAAAUGUUGGCAAACGAGAGCUAUUCCAGCAAUUCUAGCAAGUUAUCAUGGAUAUGCAGGACACCAAGAAACUUGGCAGGAAGUCUGUUAGCAGUGAACUUUUGUAGUUAGGAGGGUGUUAGUUUUGGCAGAAGAAGCCUAGCUGCAAACCAAGCUACAAGGGCGAGUUCCAUGUUUUCUUAACAAUCCUUGUAAGAUUCGGUUUCAUAAUUCGUGAAGGCUGAAGCUCAUCAAGUAAAGAAAACAGAGGAAUACUGAAGCAUGCUCAGGACAAUUGCUUGCUGAAUCGGCAUGUAUGUGAUAAAUGUAUACCUAGGACAAACUAUCUUAUGAACUACUGAGCAAAUGCAUCGUCAGAGCAAGAUUAUAGUUUUCUCAAUUGAAUUGUAGGUAGGUCGAAGAGAGCAACUUACAUGUCACAUGUCACACGGCUUUUGCCUAUCUCUCCUCGUUACGUGCCACCACGUGGAGAAAUUUAGCAACUUUAUACUACUUUUUGUAUGCACAUUGGAUUAUUGAAUUGAAUCUCAUGACCCAAAACAAGCUGAGGGAAUGAGUCCUGAAAGCUGACCCACCUUUUGUACUACUUUUUGUCUGUGCCCUUUGCUACUCGACUCUUGAGGGUGCGGUUUCCUUACAUGGAGACAUUUUGUGGUCCGGAACCCGGUGUUUCCUAGUGAUGAAGAGACAAACAACACCCCAGCCCCCUCUCACAUGUCCCUGUGCCGGGUUCUGCACACAAAACUCUCCACAUGAGAGCUUAAGGAGUGUUUAAUUUGAGUUCAAUAGGUGAUUAUGAAUCUUUUAACCGUGAUGUUUUUUGUCGAUCUUUUACCUAGUACAUCAUUGUUGUAGCGUCUUGUGCUAAUCAUAAAAUUACAUAUAAUUUUUUUU